AUGGUACUUUCCCAAUUGGAAGGAAAGCAUGCACCCCUGAUCCGCGCGUGAGGAAAUCCCAAAGGCACGCGCACACGCUCUCAAACCAAACAAACACAAACGCACGCUAAUGUUGGCCUCCUUCAUCAUCCUUCUCACUCCCCAUCAACGCAUUUUACGCUCUCCUAAUCCUCUUCCGCUUCCUCUUCUUUGCAUGUUAUCGGAGCUCCGGCUCCACUAGCGGAGCCCCGGCUUCACUUCAAACCCAACCACAAACCUAUCCAUAACUCCAUUCUCUCUUUCUCGAGAUCUCAAAAUGUCCAAACCCUGGGGCAACAUCGGAGCAUGGGCCGCCGAUUCCGAGCGAGCCGAGGCCGAGGAGCGCGAGGCCCAGGCUGCGGCCGCGGCCGCCGAGACCCAAAACUUCCCCAGCCUCAAGGAGGCCGUCAGCUCCAAGCCCAAAAAGAAGAAGGGUACAACCAUCCCGCUCUCUCAGUUCAACCAAGGCGGUUUUCCCUCCACCGGCGAGCACCAGGGCCUCACACGCGACGAGAUGUUGGCGCUUCCCACCGGUCCCAAGGAACGCUCCCCCGAGGAAAUGCAGUUCAACCGCCUCGGCGGCGGUUUCUCCUCAUACGACCGCUCCGCCGGUCGCUCUCGCGACCGUGACGGCGGAAACAACGACGGCUCCUGGGGCGGAGGCGGGAGAAGAUCCUAUGGCGGAUUCGACGAGGAACGCAGGGGUCCGAAUCCUAGGGUUUCGGAACUCGAUCAGCCUUCCAGGGCUGAUGAGGUGGACAAUUGGGCCUCCGUGAAGAAAUCUGUCCCCGCGUUUGAUUCUGGUCGGCAGAAUCGCUAUGGGGGAGGCGGCGGCGGUUUUGGUGGCGGAGGUGGUGGUUUUGGUGGCGGCGGUGGCGGUGGCGGUGGUUUUGGUGGUGCGUCUAGGGCUGAUGGUGUGGAUAAUUGGGCGGUUGGUAAGAAGGCUGCUCCUGUUAGAUCUUCCAAUUUUGGUUCAGGUUUUCGUGAUUCGGGCGUGGAACCGGAUCGUUGGUCGAGAGGUGGUCCGUCGCGUGAGACGGAGCGGACGGAGCGGCCGAGGCUGGUAUUGGAUCCGCCGAGGGGCGAUGGUUCGGUGAAUGAUGCUUCUGUGAAGGCGACAAACAAGGGCAAUCCGUUCGGCGCGGCGAGGCCCAGGGAGGAGGUGUUGGCUGAGAAGGGAUUGGACUGGAAGAAGAUGGAUUCAGAGAUUGAGGCGAAGAAGACGAGCCGGCCCACGAGUUCUCACUCCAGCAGGCCUUCCAGUGCUCAGUCCAAUCGCUCUGAGGGUCCCGGGUUGCAGGGGGUCGAUGCUGUGCCGAAAUCGAGGCCCAAGUUGAAUCCGUUUGGGGAUGCCAAGCCUCGGGAGAUUCUGUUGGGUGAGCGAGGCAUGGAUUGGAGGAAAAUUGAUCUUGAUUUGGAGCAUCGCUCUGUUGACAGGCCUGAGACAAUGGAGGAAAAAUUGUUAAAAGAAGAAAUUGAUAAUUUGAAGAAGGAACUUGAGAAAGAGUCUCCAAUAAAUUCAAACAAGGAAUCUGAGGGUGAAGCUGGUGUAGACCAAACCAGUACAUAUGCAAUAUUACAACAGAAAGAAAAGGAGCUGGAAGUUCUUGUCCGUGAUUUGGAUGAUAAAGUACGGUUUGGACAGAAAGCCGUUGAGAGGCCAGGUUCAUCAGCAGGAAGAUCUUCUGGUUUUUCUGAUAGGCCACCUUCUAGAUCUGGUUCAUUUGAGGAUUCUAGAAGCGUAGAUUAUACAGAUAGACCUCGAUCUCGUGGUACAGCAGGUACAGGAGAUGUGUGGACCCGUCCUAGUGAUGACAGAAGACAGUUUCAAGGUAGUCGGGAAAGGGGGUGGUUUUCUGGCAGCAGAGAUUUGAAUAGGCAUUUGGAGCAACAAUCAUUGAGUACUGGCACAAACUUUUGCCUAAUCUGUUAUUGCAUCUCGAAACAUUGUAAAUUUCUUUUUCCUCUUUCUGGUAAUUUUUUGGGUGUCUGGAUGAAGGCAGAAAAAGCCUGUAAUUUUAUUAGGACUAAAUUUUUAUCGAGGAUUAUUGAACUUCCUAGUUAAUGUUAAUGUGAUAUUGUUCAGAUAUUAAAUUAUAUUCCUUCAAUUUUGCAUCUGCA